CUAGCCCAGCUGGCACUAAGGCUCGAGCAGUCGCUUCUCUCUCUAGAAACGGUUUUGGGGAUUCCAUGCGCUCCGCUGUCCCUUGGCGGGAAAACGAGGCCUUGAAUCGAUCUUUUUCCCGGUGCCGAGGUAUCUCACUGGCCAAUGUCGUCCCUCCACGUGGAGCCUCUGGUGGAGUUUGAGCCCGGCGUGAACAUCUGCAUCGGCGCUCUCCUGCACUAGAGAGUACCCGAUUACAUUCGUCUUCUUUCCUCUCCCCCGGCUGCCUGUAACUAUAAAGUAGCCCCUACUACUUCUACUUCCUUUUCUGUUUCCCUCCCUCCCUCUCUCUCUCUCAUCUAUCUCUGCGCACGCUGAACCAGUUGCAGCAAGUUCGAGGCUCAUGGAGAAGGACGCUUCGCCUCAGUCGGAUCCAACCAUCACCACCUCCUCAACUUCGCAGGAGCAGCAGCCGCCACAUGCGCCUAACUCGCCACCUCCGGCUCAAUUCUCGAGCUCUCCGCUGAACCAGCAGUUCGCGGCCAAUUUCAGUGCGCUGUACCAUUCCAUUUUCCCGCCAAAAUCGCCUCACUCGAGCUCCACGCUGAUUCCGCCAUCUCUGUGCUCGUCCGCUUCCUCCGACAACAACCAGAACGCAACCGCCAGGAGCACCAUCGCCAUAGAGCACCGCCUCAACCAAGCUCGGCUCGUUCUGGAGUACCAGCAGCUGCGCGACCACUACGAUCUCUGCCGUGCUCACCUUAACGAUCUCACGGAGGAGAUCGACUCGCUGCGCCGUGAGAAUGCGCGUCUUCGCUUGGCGAACUCCGAGCUUGUAAAGCUCCUUAACCUUCCCUCACAGGGCACUCUGCAGAGCUGCUUCCGCCGUCUUGGUCUCUCUGAUGCUAAUGCUACGGGAUCGGAUUUCUCCAGCGAUGACGUCUGCAGUUACAGUCCGACGAGCGUCAUGGAUCAAAGCGGAUAUGAGACUAGUAAUCCUGAGAGAGUUUGGCUGCCGAAGAGCAUAUCGGUUCGGUCCAGCGGCUACCUUAAAGUGAACCAGCCUGCUGCUAGCAACAGCCGCUCGAGUCGACCGGUGAGUCAACUCCGCUUGCCAAAAGCACAGGAGCCUGCAAAGGUGCAGCAGCGCGUGUAUGUGCCUGGUGGGAAGAAAGAGCAGGAGGCAUUGGAGUUCGAAGUGUUCAGCCAGGGGAUGUUCAAGACGGAGCUGUGCAACAAGUGGCAGGAGACUGGCGCUUGCCCGUACGGCGACCACUGCCAGUUCGCGCAUGGCAUUUCGGAGCUGCGCCCGGUGAUCAGGCACCCACGUUACAAGACUGAGGUCUGCAGGAUGGUCCUAGCCGGCGACAUGUGUCCCUACGGCCACAGGAAUGAGGAGGAAGGUGACGACGAUGACGUAGGAGAAGCAGAAGUGAAGGUCGAUCCUGAAUCUCCUUCCUCCUCAUCUGGAUAUGAGAGCGAGGAUAGCUCUGUUAAUGAGGUCGGUGUUGACUCGUCAGGUUUAUCAGUCAAUGAAGAAGAUGACGAAAGUGGAACUCGUUUGCCACUAAUUAAUGACAGUCAGCUGUCUUUAAAAGGACGUGAGGGAAGUACAGAGCCAAAGGGUGAGGACGUGGAUGAAAAGGAUCCAAUACCUGAUGAUGCUCUAGACUAUAUCUUGUGUUCCAAGUCUGUUUUCAAGUGCAGGAUAUGCCCAAGAGUUGUCUGUCUGAAGGAAGAGACUUUGAAGACCCAUCUUAAAUCCAAGAAGCAUGCUCGAUCUGAAAAAUUGCUUAAAGAAGGUCGGCUAAAAGCAAUGCUCAACAGUGAUGGGGAAAUUGAACAUCAAGAGACAGCUGCAGAGAUGCAUGCCCGGGUUGUAGCUUUGGCACAGAAUGUUGGGAGGAGGAAGAACAGAGGGCGACAGAGGCAGAGAUCAAGAAAAAAGAAAAUGGUGGAUGACUCCAACCCUGGAAACGCAGGGCAACCAACCAAAUCUCCUGCCAAGAAACAGCGGAAGAAAUGAGGAAAGUGUUGUUUUUGUUUGCCGGGAACGAGUGUAGAUGUUGCCAAGAAAUUAGUCGGGUGUUUUUUCGUUUGUUUUCGGUUUUCAUCAUCAGAGUAUCUUUUGCCUUUUGUUUGGAUGUUGCUGAGAAAAUGAAGCCUCCCUGGAUGACAAAUCCAUUACGACAAAUUGUUUUGCC